UUAACACGUUCACUGCGGAUGUCGCCAAUCGGCGACAUUCCGCUCCCCACCACCAUGCGGGUGUCGCCUGUCGGCGACAUCGGUAUGCUAUCGUUUGCAUUGUUAGUUGGAAUUCAGCACUGGAGCUGUGUAUAUGAAUUUCGGUCAGCAUUACGUUACAGCAUUAAAGUAAAGCGUGUUGUGUUUCGUUUUUCAUUUUCCGAAUUUUGGUGCCAGUGACAAGGUAUCAAAGUCAUGGAUAGUGAAGCUGGUCCAUCGAACCCUAAAAGGUCUAAACUACGUGUUAGAAACGAGAAAAAAUUGACAGAAAAUGAGUUGUUAAUGCUUGCUUAUCUAUCAAGUGAUGAAGAACUUGGAGUGCAAGAAUUUGAAGAUAGUGGUAGUGAGUGGGAGGAUACGGAUUAUUCUGAUGGUGACUCGGCUUCCAGCAUUGUCGGUGAUGAUGACGAGCAUAUGGAUAGGGCUGAUGAUGGAGAUCAAGGAAUUGCAGGAAAUGAUAAUGGUCCUGAUUUAGCUAGAAACACGCCAAACUGGCAGGAUGAUCCUAGGUGCUUCAAAAACAUUUCUUUUGUGAAACAAAAUGAACUCUUAGUGGAUGUACCGGGAAAUAAUGAACCUAUUGAUUACUUUUUCUUAUUAUUUGACCAAAAUGUUCUAAGUAUGAUAGUCGAGCAAACUAACAGUUACGCCAUAGAUGUUUUUGUGAAAGAGGGAAAACAGAGAAAUCACGAAUUUCGCAGUGGAAAGAUCUAA